AUGAGAGCUUGUUUUGGACAAGACUUUAAAGAGACAGGAGUGGUGUGUGCUUCUUAUUCAAGAGCAUUAAGUAGGCACAAGAAGACAGGGAAAACGUAUGAACAUGUAAGUACAUUACUUCAAUUUAUACUUCAACAAAUGUCAACAUACUUUUACCAUAUUUUGGUAAACCUUUAAAAUAACUAUAUUCUACUGUACUGUAAUACUGCAUGUUUUUUAUUUUACCUUUUUCUACCACAGAAUAACAAAGUUUUAAAAUUUAAUGUUCAGAAUGUUGUUUCACCUCUGCAACAACUUGUGUAACCCAACAUUAAUUAAGCAGCAAUGAAUAUUUCAGUGCACCUUAAUGCACAUAAUUAUAUUAUUAUACACUUACCUGUUUAAUACUAGGUAAUAGAGCUUAGAAGUGCUUACGUCACGCCAGCACCAAACAAUGAACUGCAAUGCAAUGUGGGACACACGUAGGAAAAAUAAUAACCUCAUGUUUGUUUCAAAACUAUGUGACGUAAGCACUUAUAAGGUUUAUUAGCAACAGACUUUAUGAUAUAGUACUAUGAUAAGGACUUUAUGAUAUAGUACUAUGACAUGUACAUUUUCUGUAGUGUAUGGAAUAGCUACGGAAUACUAAAGCCGCCCCACAAAACAUUGCCCACCUCCUCCACAAAGAUCACCACCAUGUGAUGUCGAGUCACCAACAACACCAGUUUGGACAACUGAAACUACAGAGUUUGGCCCCAUUCAAAGAGGACCGUUUGGCCAAGUUCUUCUACCACCAGGAAUAUUUGAGGAAAUACUAGAAAACAAAGAGAAUUUAGUUAACAGUAUGUGAAUAUUGAUAAAAUAACCUGCAUUUAUUUUGAUUAAUGAGAAUUGGAUAGACUACAUACCAAAUGUAAAUCCUCUAUUAAGCCCCCACUGGGCACUAUUUUUUGGGAGGAGGCUUUAAUGAAAUGGGAGACUUUAAUAGUUUAAUAUUGAUUUAGAUAGAACAAAAUCUAGUCAAAUAAUUUGUUCUUGUACUAACACAAACUUCUCAGACAGAAGAGCUUACUUUAGAGGGGGCUUAUUAGAGGAUUGAUUGUAUAAACUUUACCUCAAUGUUUAUAGCUAUCCUUUUCUCCAAUUUCACAAUGACCAAUACAUUUGUUUGGAAUUAGACAAAUCAUAGACAAUCAAAGGAAUUCCUUUGAUUGUCUAUGGACAAAUGAAGCAAGUUACUUAUAACAACUUGUGUAAUUUAUUCCUUCUUGUUCUGUAGGCGGGAGUCUUAAGGAAGAGCUAAAUAAAGUUAAAGCACAUAUGUACAAAGAGUUUGUAAAAAAUUGGAAGAACCCAAUUUAUGAAAACCAAUUUAGAAGAUUUUGUCAAGCAACUGGAGCCCAAACCUUGUUUGACGAUAUCCUCUCUUCAGUAACCUAUCCUCGUCAUUCAGAAAACCGACUAAAAUUGAAUGAAAAAAGAGUGGUAGGAAUUAUUUACAACCUAGUUUACUGCCUUAGUCAAUGGUGCAAUACCAUGCAAGUGGAUCAAGCCCUUUAUCUACAAACAAGCCAUGCAAACCAGGAGGCGAUUCUGACCGAACAUCAAUUAGGAAACACUUGUUCGAGAAGAUUAAUGAAUAACAUUAGAAAAUCACUCAGUUCCAACCACAGAGAUGAUCUUCAACAAUUUUUUGCAGAUGCAAUAAAAAAUGAGUGGCUGUUGGUUCUUGUAACUGAUGAUUAUACAACUAUUCAUACCAUUCGACGGCCAACACAAACAAAUUCUCCCAAGCCAACAAUAUGUGCACAAUCAUUGUGA